GUACGUGUAUCUUGGGCUGUUUGACAGUGAGAUAGAGGCUGCAAGAGCAUAUGAUAAGGCUGCUAUAAAAUACAAUGGAAGGGAAGCUGUUACCAACUUUGAUCAGAGUUCCUAUGAGGGAGAGAUUUCUAUUGAAUCUGAAAACCAAGACAUGGGUGAUAUUGACUUGAACUUGGGCAUUGCCCCACCUUGUUCAUCUGAAGACCAAAAGGACAACCUUAAUGGCUGUGCUCCAAAUUUCAUUGGAUUCAAAAACUCAGAUUCUGAGAGGAGAUGUGGUGUGAUGCUUGGAAACCAUGCUUCUGUGGCUGUGAGACCACACCCUCCUUGUUUGAGUUGUGCCAAUUUCUUUCCUACCUACCAGGAAAGAGCAAUGGAGAAGAGAAUGGAAAUUGAAUCCUUACCGAACUGGGGAUGGCAGAUUCCGAGCCCCUACGGCGGAGCAACUUCAGUGCAUUUCUUCUCCACUGCAGCAUCAUCAGGAUUCCCUUCUUCUUCUUCUUCUGCCGUUCUUCCGCAGCCAUCGUCGGCCCGGCAUCUUCUUCCAGCAUCGACGUUCUUCUGCCACCCAUUACCAACAGUAACACCGUAGCGCUCUCGUAAUUUCUAGUACUAUAGCGGUACCUGAUCCAACGCCAAAUUUAGAACAGUAGUAGUACUUUGUCAUGUUCAUCAUCAAACUGUUGUUUUUCUUUUCUCAAACUUUUCCCCUGUACUGUAAAUUGAGAAAGGAAAAAAAAGGAAAAAAAAAAAUAGUGUCGGUUGGAUUUUUUAUGUAAUUUGAAUUAUGAAGUAUUCGGAGAAGUGUUGGGUCAAAUUUUGUAGUCAAUUUCAUGGGUUUCAAGAACAAGUACAUUAGUUAU